UGAAGUUUAAAAAGAAAGAACAGAAUUCGAGAUUUCAAGUCAAGUUUUAAAGAUUAAAUUUUGAUCAAAGAAUGAGGUUUGUUAAUGACCCUUUGUAUAUAGUUUUAGGUCCCAUUCAAUUUAGCUAAAGACUAUUGAUUCUAUAUAUUUAUGAAAGAUAACUUUAUACAGAAAGAUAGGAUGACAAACAACAGACGACGAUGAUGUAACGAUUAAUGUACUACUUUGAUUCGAUUAGAUUUAGAUUAGGACAAGAGUUUCAUAAAAUCCAGAGGUUUGCAGUUACCAAAAAGCUCCAGAAACUAUUCUCUCGCUAUGGACGACAUGGCUGCCUACUACCCUCCACCCUCAGGCCUUCUCCCUCCUCACUACCCCUACUACCAAAACCCUCCUCCGCCUCCUCCUCCUCCUGCACUAGCGCCACCUCCACCUCCUCCACCUGGUGCUACUGGGCCCCUGCCUCACCCCCACUCCUACAUCCCCCAACAACAACCACCACCCCUUUUCCCCUGCUAUUCCGUUCCUUACGUCUCUGCCUGUUCUUCCCAUGACUCGGUUCGGACCCUCUUCAUCGCCGGGCUACCCGAAGACAUUAAGCCCCGUGAGAUUUAUAAUCUUUUCCGAGAAUUUCCCGGUUAUGAGUCAUCUCAUCUCCGAAACCCCAACUCCGCCCAAAAUUCUCAGCCGUUCGCCUUCGCUGUUUUCUCCGACCAACAGUCUGCAAUCGCCGCGAUGCAGGCGCUAAAUGGAAUGGUGUUUGAUCUCGAGAAAGGUUCAACUUUGUUCAUUGAUUUUGCAAAAUCUAAUUCCCGAUCAAAGCGCCCAAGAACAGAUGAUGAGUGGACUGGCUCUGAUAAGAAAUCUAGGGGAUCAUUUUCAAGGCCUACAACUGAUUCUGCAGGUUUUGGCAGCGUUCACAUGCCUGGAAUGGGUAAUUCUGCUCACAACAUGAUUGGUUAUCCACCUGCACAAAGUUCUGGAAAUGCUGAUGCCAAUGCUGAGUCAACAGCUAUGAAAUCGAGUGCUAGCCCAUGUCCGACACUUUUUGUGGCUAAUCUAGGGGCAAGUUGUACAGAGGAAGAACUAAUUCAAGUAUUUUCAAGAUGCCCUGGGUUUCUGAAGUUGAAGAUGCAGAGCACGUAUGGAGCUCCAGUUGCAUUUGUUGAUUUCCAGGAUACUGCCUGUUCAACUGGUGCAAUGAACUCUCUGCAAGGGACAAUUCUAUACUCAUCACCAGCUGGGGACGGCAUGCGAUUGGAAUAUGCAAAAUCUCGGAUGGGAAUGCGAAGGAAAAGAAAGUGAUCACACGGAAGCAUAAAUGUAUUUACAAUGGAGGCAGCUGCCGUCCCUGAAAUCUUAACAACCUUUUGGAAGUAUGAUGUAACUAUUGCAAGUUCAACAACAGUUUUAGUUUUGCCACUGCUGACAUUCAAUUAGUUUUACACUGUUGCUUACUUCUCUAAUUUAAAAUCCUUUCUUUUUUGGUGAAA